AUGGCAAGGGUGAGCCAAGUGUCACCGGAGGUUCUGGUGGCGAUGAACUCCUCGGAGGGAUCCAGAGACACACGUCCCAGGACGAAGGCACAGGAGCUGUGCGCACCGAGAGAGCCCGAGGCUCCUCAGCGGACAUCACAGUCUGCUCCGAACCAGAGAAAUACGAUACCGGAUCCGCCAGACACCUAUCUUGCUCCGCAGUUUCAAGAGUCAUUCAAUCAGGUGGCCACAGCAGCGAUGAAUGAGAUCAACAGGACCACUGGCCGGACGCUGGGUAGGGUCGUCCCUUCCCAACGCCUUGAUCAUUCCUCAAGUUGCUCGGAGCGAAUACCUCGAGCCAUAGUACCAACGGGUCCCUCGGUUGAUCGGAAUCAGACUAGCUCCCAAACCGUGUCUAGGACGAGUAACCCGCCCACCACGACAACUCCUGCUUCUACAGCAAACCCAUCGACGAGCACCACGCCGGCGUAA